UCGCCCUCCCAGCACGGCAGGCACAAAAAUCAACACCUGCCGGUACCGUGCAAAUUCCGUGACGAAGCAGUGAGAAACCCAUAAACAUUUGCUAUGUGAAAACGCACCCCGGUGGCUGGUGAAAAGCUGCAUCAACGUCAAGCGAAAACCCCCCACGGCGCACCGUCCCGCGGACAGUUGUGAGAGAAGGCGAGCGCAGCCAAACGGCGGGCAGAAGCAACAGUCGCGCAUUUUCGGGUGUGCGUAGCACGACCACGACGACGACGACGAAGGCGCACCGUACGGAGCAGCCAGACAGGCAGGCAGGCAGGCAGGAUCGUCGCUUCUUUGUCGUCCGAACGUCCGAGGAACCGAAGACCGAAGAAUCGGUCGAGUCGUCGAGCAGCGACCGCAGCACAACCGUGGUUGUUUAUGUCGCGAGAAAGGUCACACCACGCCAGCCGUGUGUUGAAAAAGUGUGUUUGUUGCCACUGUGUGUCGGUGGCACAGGAAAAGUGUCGCCGUCGGUCAGGGUAGAAGACGAAGCAACCAGCCCAUUAGCCGAGCCAAACGCAUCGCGGGAGGAGUAGAGAAAAACACGCACACACACAGUGAGGCAUAGACAGAGCACACACAACCAGCCCGUCGUGGUACAGGGGAAGUCCUCGCCCAUAUCUUGAUGCGAAGCGAAAAAUCACUACAACGAUGGACGAAACAUAUCUGAAGAAUCUCGAAACGGCGGCCCACAUCAUCAUGGCACCGCCGAAUUCCAUCACCAACCAGCAGCGGCAGGAGUCGGAGCACAUUUUCACCACCUUCCGGAGGACGAAAACGCCGUACGCCCUCUGCCAGGCGAUACUGGAAAAAUCGUCCGUCGAUCUGGUGCUGUUCGAGGCGGCCGACGUGCUGAAGAAGGCGGUCGUCGGCGAGUGGAAGUUCAUCGCCGAGCAGGACCGGGCCUCGCUGCGCCAGUACCUGCUCAGCUACGUCAUACAGCGCGACGUGCCGGUGUUUAUCCGCGACAAGCUGCUCCAGGUGGUGGCCAUCAUGAUCAAGCGCGCCAGCCUGGAGGAUCACGGCGCGGAGCGGGGUCAAAUUUUGGAGGAGACGAAAAAGAUGCUCACGUCGGGCGAGCUGAAGCAGCAGAUACUGAGCUGCAGCAUCAUGCUCGCCAUCCUGGAGGAGUACUGCAACAUCGUCCGGUCGGACGAUACCGGGCUGAACACGCUCGAGCACUUUAAGGCGAAAAAGCAGUUCGAAGACUCCGACCUGCUCAAAACGUUCUGCAUGACGCUGCAGGCGAUGGUGGAGAUUGUGAACGCGUUCGAUACGUCCAACAGCCUGCAGAUGUACUUCUUCAAGCAGCUGCUGACGGUGAUGGAAACCGUGCUGACGUGGGGCUUCCUGCUGCCCAAUCUGCGGAACGUGCGCGUCCGGCAUUCGCUUUCGAAGAGCAUUAUCGAUACGUCGGAAACGGUGACGAAGGCGCUGCACGCACCGCCGCUACGCCUGCAGGCCCAGUGGAAGAGUGUCAUAUUCGAUCCGAAGGUGCUGGAGGUGUUCUUUCACACCUACUGGAAGAUGCGCGAGAUUGACGAUCUGCAGCCAAAGGCACUGACCUGCAUCCUGCAGCUGUCGACGCUCCGCGGUCCGAUCAUAUCGGAAAACAUUGACGAAAGCAUGUCCUACCUGGCGAACUACCUGACGCACUUUCUCUCGCUGAUGACAAACAUCGAAAUCAAAGACAAGGAAGCGUACAGCUUCUCGCUGAUCCUGCGCAAGCUGUUCCAGUUCCUUCCGACCGACAUGCUGAAGAUGCUGCCCAACUCGCUGUUCGACGCGUCCAUGCAGCAGUGCUUCACGCUGACGAUGAAGUUUUUCGAGCAGUCGGCGGCGGAAGAAUCGGUCGCACCGGACGAGGCGUGCUACAUCGAUGCGCUCAGCAACAUGCUCGGCAUCUGGCUGUCCUUCUUCGACGACAAGCGCAACUAUCCGACCGAGCCGAUGCUGCCCUACAUCACGCAGAUGUUCGAAAAGUACGUCCAGUGCCAUCUGGCACCCCCGCAGGGCAUCCGGGGUGCGGGCGGGCGCGAGGGCGACGGGGACAAUGAAAUUACUGAGCUGGAGGAGUCGGACCGGGAGCGGUUCCGGGAGCAGCUCACUGUGAUGGGAUUUUUCGGCCGCCAGAUACUGCAGCACGCGCUCGGCCUGCUGGCGAAGCUGCUGGAGGAUCGAACGCGCAAGCUCGGCACCCAUCUGCACAUGCUGCACGCGUCCAAGACGCUGUCGCUCUCGGACGGGAUGAGCCUGGAGAAUCUGUUCGAGGACAUCCACUGGCUGCUGCUGAUCAGCGGGCACGUGAUAGCGAUGGAAUCGGUCGGCGAGACGCCGAUGAUACCGGAGCCGAUACUGGUGCUCAGCAAGCAGCAGGUCGAGUCGGGUGCGACGGACGUGUCGAACAGCUUGAAGCUGCUCGCCUCCCCCCAUCAGGACAUUCAGGAGAUAGCGAACGCGGAAUCCAACACCGACCCGGUGAUACGGCUAAUGGCGGCCGGCUUUCGGCUGUGCGAGCUGGAAAAGACCGCCAUCGAGGUGCGCAUGUACCAGUUCCUGAGCCCCGAGCUGAGCGCCACCACCAUGUGGUUCCUGCGCCACUGGUGCGGCACGUACGUAAUGUCCGCGUACGAGCCGACCGCCACCCACAUCUUCGCAAAUGCGUUCGGCGUCGGCACGGCCGGGGCACUGUGGGUGAUCAACUACCUGCUGAACAAGAUCUGCCUGAACGCGCAGCACCUGCGGGCGGAGCCGGCCGUGAUGGAGGAAACGAUCGAGCUGCUGCUGGCGCUGCAGCGCAACCGGUACCGCGCGCAAACCAUCUUCAACUCCGAGUACUUCCGCUCGAUCUGCGACCUGAAGAGCUUCGAGCUGCCGCUGACGGUGAAGCGCAAGCUGCUGCGCGGCUUCGUCACGAUCGGCGGCAGCGUGGAGGGCGAGGAGGUGCGCACCGAGUACAUUAUGCGCAUCGUGCAGGGGACGAAGGAGAAGUUCGGCCUGCUGCAGGCAACGUUCCAGCAGCACGCCCACCUGCACCAGAGCGAACAGUUCAAGCAGAAGGUGAUCGAGGUGCUGGAGGAAACGAUCGGCUGCGUGGAGGGUGCGUACGACAAUCUGAUCCUGAUCCUUUACCAGGAGGUGCAGCCGAUCUGCAAGCAGCUCAGCACGUUCAUGUCGGUGUACAGGAACGAUACGGUAAUUGUGGAGCUUGUGCUGGAGCUGCUGAACGAGCUGGAACGGUCGGCGGAGGUGAAGGAGGUGCGCGCUGCCCUCCACCAGUACAGCAUGGACGUGAUCGGGGUGUACGUGAAGAACAACAGCAACCGGAUUUCGCUCGAUCCCACCAACAACGAGCGCGAUCCGCAGGAUUUGAUCCUCAUCCUGAAGCUGAUCCACGGGCUGAGCGCUAGCCGCGUCGGCAACGAUCCGGAAACGAUCAACCAGGCGUCGGACGUCUGCAUCUACGGGCUGACGAACAUUGUGCCGCUAAUAACGGCCGAUCUGAUACGCUACCCGGAGCUGUGCUAUCAGUACUACAUCACGAUCACGUCCUUCGUCGACUCCAAGCCAUACGUGGUGCCCGCACUGCAUCCCGACUUCCUGAAGCAGCUCGUCGCCUCGGUCGAGCUCGGGCUCACCUCGUUCACGUCCGAGGUCGAGCUGAAGUGCGUCGAGUUUAUCGAAGCGUUCGCGCAGGUCGUCCGGCUGCACCAGAACCCGGACGCGCUCGUGACCCAGCUGCUCCAGUCCUUCCUCAAGCUGAUGCUCGACAUGACGAUCGGGCAGAAGAUCGACUGGAACAAUACGAGCGACUGGUACAAGGCGAUGUACACCGUGAUCUGCUGCUUUCCGCACACGUUCAAGGACAUGGUGCAGAGCUUCCUGCAGGAGCACGUGGACAGCAGCACGGACAAGGCGAAGGAGAUGAUCGGCGAAAGCUUGGCGCGCCUGAACCAGAUCGAGUUUGCGAACGUGCGGCUAAUGAAGCUGCGGUUCGUCGACUGGUACGAUCGGUUCGUCUCGCUGGUGAGUCUUAUGUACAAGAAGUAGAGUGGAACUGGGUGGUCAGAACAGAGAGAAUGGGCGGAAGGAAAAGGGAACACGUUUACAAACGACAAACGACGCGUGUCGCGAAUGGAAAAUGUGCAAACACCAAUCCUACUGAGGGGGAAACAAACGAAUGUUAGGGAUGAUAGCCAGUGUUAGGCCGACCCCCCCUAUGUUUGUGUGCUGUUCGAGUUUUCCGUUUCAAUGUUUCAUACUUUUCUCUUUUAAAUGUAUGAGAGUUUUCGAUAUAAACAACUAAAAUUAGAAAAUGCGCUUGAGUUGAAACGAGUUUUGCUUGUUUUUUUUGGCUCACCACUGUACAGUUCCUUUCGUCUUUGUAUGUGAACGUUAGGCAAAGGUCUGGAGAGGCAUCUCUCGCAUCUGGCUUAUAUAUCGUUAGGGGAUAAAAAGAAAUAGUACGAUUCAGAGGAGGGGGGAGUGCGAUGGAGAACUUUUAGCUAUGCGCGAUUAUUGAAAAGUAAGAAACGUUUGUACUCCCGUCCCACGGCGGGAUGAGAUUGGCGAUGAAAUGACAAAAAGGAUUCGAUUCGAAUCGGCACGAACGAUAUCUAUAUAUAUAUACAAAUUAAUAGAUAGUGGAACACACAAUACUUAACUAAAGAAACAAAGAAAACAAAGGAUAUAGCUAGGGGCUUACUCUAAUUGUACUGGGACUGUGCACACACUGCGGGAAGGACUCUUGAGGCAGCGAAGGAUAUUGAGCUGCAUUGAAAAAACUCUCUCAAACACACAUGCAAACACAAAGAUUGGGUAACUUAUUGAAUGUUUGAGGGACGGAUUCGGCGGUGAAAUGGAUCACUUUCCAAAGAAUCCGCGAAAUGUCUACACAAAAACACAGCGUUGGGUGUGGGUGUGAUAUGGUAAAUUUUACAAGCCGGAAAAAAGGAUACGAAUUUGCACCGUGUAUUUGCACACCUACUACUACUACUACUACCCGUUUUUUCCGGUUUAUUUUAGAUAGUAUGUAGAGCAUAUGUAGUUCGAACGAUAUCUGCACGUUUUUUCUGCAAUACGACGCACGACGCACACAGUGGAUAGGCAUCAUCACCCUAUGGAAAGGGUUUACGAAGAGAUAUAUACAUAGAUAGAGAGAGAGAGAGAAAGCAAGAGCACACAGUGACGUGACGUGUAACACGGUGCAACGAUAGAUUAGCGUUAGAAAGUUUAAAAACAUUCACAGAAGCAAAAAAUAAGCAAAAUCCAACGCGCACCCCCUUUUUCGGAAACCUUUCCUUCCGCAAUUUUUCCUUCCUGUUCCUGUAUUUGAAAUAUUUAUCGCGCUUUGAUGAGAAGAGCGCCAAAAACAGCAGUGUAGUACAACACCACCAACACGUUAGAGUUUCACGUUCUGACUAAGGAUCGAGCCGCCGGUUACUGGCCAUAGCCAGUUUUGGUGUCUUCUUCGGCGCGAUUGUAGAUAUUUAUAUGUAGCCGUAAAUGGGGAAACGCGCGUGUGUGUGUGUGUGCCCUGUUUUCCAAGGAGAAAAGCAUACAAUUUCCUCCUUAAGAGCCCGCCCCAAGCCAAGGAGAGAAACGUUUCAGAAUAGAUGUGUUUCAUUUUUCCCGUUCA